GCCAGUCACGUAUAUAAUGCGGAUUAGACGAACUCACUUAUUUAUUACGCUACAACUCCGGCACCGUUCUCGCUCUCUUCUCUCUUCUCGCUUCCCCGGAGAAACCCUAGUGAUCUUGCGGUGCUUCGGAGCUUCAAUCCAUGGUUUCGAGAUUCGUCGUACUUCUGUGUGAUCAUCACAUAAGCUCAUGUCGUGAUCUACUGUUUCUCGCGUUGUUUUGUUUGAGUUCUGAUCGGUUUUGUGUAGAAAUCCAAAAUUUCGUAGUUUCCGUUUGGAAAUGAACGAACAUACUGUUGCUUCUGCGCAUAACCAGUGUCGGGACUGGGGUGCGAUCUUGGAAUUAUUGGAUAAGUCUUGCUCUUAGAUUCUUUCUUUGAUGCUAGAUAUCGAGGAGGAUAUCCGUGCACUGCAGCUUGAUUCACCUGAAGAUAAUAAUGUGAUGGCUAAUGCGGAAGAUGUGAAGCCUCAGGAAGUUGAAAAACCUGAUAUGAUGGACGAAGGGCUUUGCAGCUGGUUUUAUUUUGUGGUUGUCCUCAUGAGGAUGGUUAAUUUUAUCAGACAACUUGGUUAGCUUCAUAGUGAGUUCUUAUUGAUUCGAGGGAUGACAUGAACACAAUUUCUCACCCAAUGACAGUGGAGCUAAAAAACACAAUUGAAGUGAAAGAUAAGGAUAUCUCUGCUUCUCAAGAUAUUGAAGAUGAGGUUGAAGAUAAUAAGAAACGACACUUGAAUGUCGUAUUUAUUGGCCAUGUUGAUGCUGGAAAAUCCACAACUGGAGGGCAGAUACUUUACCUCAGUGGGCAAGUUGAUGAGCGAACAAUCCAAAAAUAUGAAAAAGAAGCCAAGGAUAAAAGUCGAGAAAGCUGGUAUAUGGCAUAUAUUAUGGACACUAAUGAAGAAGAGAGGACUAAGGGCAAAACAGUUGAAGUUGGAAGAGCACAUUUUGAAACAGAAACAACAAGAUUUACAAUUCUGGAUGCACCGGGUCACAAAAGUUAUGUACCGAAUAUGAUCAGUGGAGCAUCUCAGGCGGACAUUGGUGUACUAGUGAUAUCUGCCAGGAAAGGUGAAUUUGAAACUGGAUAUGAAAGAGGUGGACAGACCCGUGAACAUGUGCAACUAGCAAAGACAUUGGGUGUCUCUAAGCUGCUUGUUGUUGUAAAUAAAAUGGAUGAUCCUACUGUGAACUGGUCAAAAGAAAGGUAUGAUGAAAUUGAGUCUAAGAUGAUACCCUUCCUAAAAUCAUCUGGUUACAAUGUGAAGAAAGAUGUGCAGUUUCUUCCAAUAUCCGGACUUAUUGGUGUGAAUAUGAAAACUAGAGUAGAUAGAAGUGUCUGUUCGUGGUGGAAUGGACCAUGCCUUUUUGAAGCCCUUGAUGCUGUUGAAGUUCCUGUACGUGAUCCUAAUGGUCCAUUUAGGUUGCCUAUCAUUGACAAAUUUAAGGACAUGGGAACUGUUGUCAUGGGGAAAGUAGAGUCUGGUAGCGUGCAUGAGGGUGACAACUUAUUGGUCAUGCCAAAUAAGGCUCAGGUGAAAGUUGUUGCUGUAUACAUUGAAGACAACAAAGUUAGGUGUGCUGGACCCGGUGAGAAUCUAAGGAUUAGAUUAUUGGGGAUUGAAGAGGACGACAUAUUAUCUGGUUUUGUCUUGUCUAGUAUUGCAAAGCCAAUACCUGCAGUAUCUGAGUUUGUUGCCCAGUUACAGAUUCUUGAGUUGCUGGAAAACGCCAUUUUUACUGCUGGGUACAAGGCUGUAUUGCAUAUUCACUCUGUUGUGGAGGAGUGUGAAAUUGUUGAAUUGUUACAACAGAUUGAUCCAAAAACAAGAAAGCCAAUGAAAAAGAAGGUUCUCUUUGUUAAAAAUGGUGCUGUUGUUGUAUGCCGCAUCCAGGUGAAUGAUGUGAUAUGUGUGGAGAAGUUCUCUGAUUUUGCACAGCUUGGAAGGUUCACUCUUCGUACCGAAGGGAAAACUGUUGCAGUGGGAAAAGUUACCGAUCUGUAACUUGUAGUUUAUGAACAAUUUUGGUGUGAGAUGAGCCAAGGCAGGGGCCGAAUUUUUCCCGGCGAACAAACUAGGAAGGCUACUGAAUACAUGCUUUCCGUGAUAUAAGCAUACAAUGGUAGACAGGAGCGGAUCUAGGAAUUUAGGUUGGGGGCUGAAAUUUUAAAAAGUUAAUGUAAUAAUUGACAAUUGUAUUCCUAAUCCUAACUGAAUGCAGUAGUCACAAAAUUAGCAAAAAAAUCACUUAUAACUUGCUAAAAAAAAAAACAGCAGUUUCAAUGAAUCAAUCAACAACAAAUCAAGUAUAAACAAGUAAAAAAAAAUAUGACAAAAAUAAAUAAAUAAAAAAGUUACCUAGCUCUCAAUCGAAUGAAGCAGAGGUAGUGAGCAAGGGCAAGGUCAAGAGGGUGUCGAGGCUAGCAAGAGGGCGAAAGCCGAGACCCGAGAGGCAGCGUCGCAGCAGCUAGGGUCGGCAAGAGCGAGAGCAAGAGAAAAGGGUGAGGGCGAGCGAGAGCAAGAGAGGCAGAGAGCGAGGGCAACUGGGCAAGUGAGAGGCGAGGGAGAGGGGCCAUCGGUCGAGGACGAGCGAGAGCAAUAGAGAUGAAGAGAGUGAGGGGCUGAGGGUGAGCGCGAGCAAGAGUAAGAGAGGCUGAGGGUGAGUGAGAGAGAUGCAGAGAGCGAGGGGCCGAGGGCGAGCGCGAGAAAGAGAGAGGCAGAGAGCGAGUGCCAGCGCGAGCGGACGCCGGACGAGAAAGAGAGAGGAGGUAGAGAGCGAGAGGUGACAAGGGUGAGAGAGAGGUCGAGAGAGGAAGAAGAAAUGGAGAAGAGAAGGGUUUCCAGAGGGGAAGUGGACUGGGCUGAGGGUGGGCCGGGGUGAAUUUGAGGUGGGCUAUUACCAAACAAUUAAAAAUUUUAGCCUAUCUAAUUAAUUUUUUUUGUGGGCUGCAGCUCAGGGCAGCUCACAUGUAGAUUCGCCCCUGAUGGUAGAGCUCCUCUUGUGGUGUUUGUGGCAUCCAGCAUUGUGUAUUUGUAAUUGUUGCAUUCGUAACAUAUUUUUAACAUAAAGCUUGUAUGUAGUGUUUUAUACCCCUCCUGGGACUUGAUAGGGGUUUUUGUUGAAUAAUGGCCUUUUUAAGUGAAGAUUUAAAGAAAAUCACAUUUAGUUUGGCCUA